GUGACAGCAGAUGCUUGGCAUUACCAGACUGAAGAGUCCAUUUGGGGGAUCCCCAUUGCUGGAUCAUAUGAUGUUUAUGGGGGUGGUGGUUAUAUCGCUAAUCUAGAUAUCAAUUUAAUGGCGAGUAAAUUUUCUUUUCACUUAUUUUAUAUAUAAAGAUAUUAAGUUUAUUUUGUUUAACAACAUAUUUUAAAUUAAUUAAAUAAUAUAGAUGUAACAAAAUAAAGAGAUGACACACAUGUCAACCAAGAAAAAAAAUUCAUAAUUUUUUUUAUAACAAUAAAACAUGAGCUUGAGAUAAAAGUAUGUCACACUUAGAGUGCCCAUAAAAUUGUUAGCUGGGUUUAGUUGUCCUGAAUGUGACACACAAUUUGAAAAAAGGGUUAACAUUUUUUUGAUUGAUUUGGUAUGUCAGAUACUUACAUCAGACGUCACAUAACUAAAAAAUAAAAAAUACUGAGAUCAAAUCAUAAAUAACUUGAAUGAUACAAUUUUUAGUGAAUUCCACACAAUAAAGUAUGAAUUUUUUAAAGCCAUUAUACACAAAAAGAAUCAGGAGGGAAGGGGGAAGGUAGAAUGAAGUUACAGAUUACAUUUAUAUAAGAAACGCUUUUUCUAAAUUCAGGUUGCGAAAGCUAUAGUUAAAGAGAUGAAGCAACACUCGUGGAUUGACAGACACACAAGAGCAGUUUUCAUAGAGUUUACCCUCUAUUGCCCUGGUAUAAACCACUUUGUCAAUGUAUUACUUCUAGCUGAGUUUAUAGACACAGGAGGAAUGGUACCAUUUGUCAGGUAGUGUUCUUUUUAAAAAAAUUUUUUUUUGCUUAUCGAGUCCAUAUUUCUAAAAAGAUUUUCUCCUGAGGGAGAAUAGUAAGGAAUUUUUUGUAAAUGAUAGCAGGAAAUUUUUAAAAAAGAGUAAAUGAAGUCAUAUUUUUGUAUAAACCUAUAAAUUUAAAUUUAGUUAUCAAUAAUUUGUUUCAAUCAUUUGAUAAAUUAAUAUUAGUCCAUAUAACUAUUCUGUAAUGAGCAAAGUUCAUGUUAACUAGACAAAUUUUAGGAUUAAGCAUUGGGAAAUAAACAGUUUGUAAAGGUUUUGAAUUUAUAGCAAACUGUUGCAUUUCUGGAUAGGCUACUAACUUCAGAAACUCACAAGCUUUUAGACUGUUUUUAAAAAAAAUUGUUAUAAUUUUAUUAUAUGCAUUGAUGGCCUUCAUAAUAGUUUGAAGGGAUCAACUCAAUUAUAAAGCUGCAAUACAUAAUUAGAAGAAAAAAAAUGUACAGGCAAUUAUUUUUUCCAAUGUGACAUAGCUUAUUUUAAUUUCAGUGUAUAUCCUUUCACCAUUCAUCAUCCAUCCGGGGCUCUUGGAACAUACUAUCAGAUUUGUGAGAUUAUGGGGAUAGGUAAAACAGCCAUAGGUAUUGUUUAUGUGAUUUUUGUACUUUGGAAAAAGAGGUGUGCAGCACUAAAAGAGUUUUGGUUUGUUCUGGACUUGAUAGCUGUCAUAGUUGCAGUUUUUACAGUAAUUAUAUUUUGGUAA